GAGAGAGAGAAAAGUCCCAGAAAGAGAGAGAGGGAGAGACGGGGAGAUGGUGGUUGCGGUGGCGAUUCGCGGCGGGGCCGCCGCGGGCGGUGGCGCGUAGGGAGGCGAUUGGCGACGCUUCUUCUUCUCGUCCUCCUCGUCCUCCUCCGCCGCUCGCUCUUUCUCUCGCCGGGGAGGGGCAUGGAAGCGGAGCUGGCCAUGCUGAGACAUUUCAUAGGUCAGCUUCAAGAGCUCUGCGAACUCUACGGCUCCCCCUAUUAUCCCCACCAGCUCCAGCAGCAGCAGCAGCAGCAACUCCUUCCCCCCGACACCGACGAGCCGCCUCGCCUCCUCCACGACCGCCUCGAUCGCAGAUGGUGCUUUCUUGAUAUUGAUGAAAGUUCUCCAGAAUAUUGUAGCCCCAUAAUGGCUGCUGGAAAGUCCAGAGGAAUAAAAAAUAUAGAUCCCUGCAAGCCUCCCCCUUCCAAGAAAUCUCGAAAAGAGCGCAACCAGGGUAAGUCUGCAAAUAAUGACAAAUCAGCCGAGGUUAUGGACCAAGAAAUCUGGAGAGAAUUCCCAGAAGACCUUUUCGAAGCUGUUAUUGCAAGACUUCCUAUCGCGACAUUCUUUCGCUUCCGGGCAGUGUGUCGGAAGUGGAACUCGUUACUCUGCUCUCAGAGUUUCUCUCAGCAUUGUGCCCAGGUUCAACAAGCUUAUCCAUGGUUUUACACUAUCACUCAUGAGAAUGUGAAUUCUGGGGUCAUGUACGAUCCUUCCCUGAAGAAAUGGCACCACCCCACUAUAUCUUCUCUGCCUGCAAAUAUAAUCGUGUUGCCAGUUGCCUCCGCUGGGGGGCUUGUCUGCUUUCUUGACAUUGGUCACAGAAAUUUUUAUGUCUGUAACCCUCUUACUCAGUCUUCCAAAGAGUUGCCAGCUAGAUCCAUUAAGGUCUGGUCUCGCAUUGCAGUGGGGAUGACCCUGAAUGGAAGUUCUGCCACUGGGGGCUAUAAGAUAAUGUGGGUGGGGUGCAAGGGGGAGUAUGAGAUUUACGACUCGGUGAAGAACUCUUGGCUCCGUCCUGGAACCAUGCCGCCGAACAUCAAGCUCCCAUUAUCACUGAACUUCAAGUCACAGGCAGUUUCCAUUGACGACACACUCUACUUCAUGCGCUCAGAUCCGGAAGGGAUCGUGUCCUACAACAUGGUCACCAGAAUCUGGAAGCAGUUCAUAAUACCAGCCCCGCUUCAUCUGACCGACCGCACGCUUGCUGAGUGUGGGGGGCGUAUCAUGCUGGUAGGUUUGCUUACCAAGAAUGCUGCCACGUGUGUAUGCAUAUGGGAGCUGCAGAAGAUGACGCUCUUGUGGAAGGAGGUUGACAGAAUGCCAAAUGAAUGGUGCUUGGAUUUCUACGGAAAGCACGUUAGGAUGACUUGCUUGGGCAACAAAGGUUUGCUCAUGUUGUCAUUGAGGUCUAGACAAAUGAACAGACUGGUUACUUAUGAUAUGUCGAACAAGGAAUGGCUGAAGGUGCCUGGAUGCGUGGUGCCACGCGGGCGGAAGAGGCAGUGGAUAGCAUGCGGUACUGCCUUCUACCCUUGCUUAAGCGCUACUGCUUGAACCGAUUUCCUUCACGUCUGGCAGCCAUGGCUUGUUCAGAUUAGGGAUUUCGAUUUGGUUUUUUAUUUUGGUUGGUUGGCUGUAUGUUUAAGCUGCUAGUUUUUUCUGUGGCUAGAUUUUCUAUGUCUUGCUCGUCCAGUGGGAAUGCCAUGGGGUUAGCCACACGAUCUACGUGCUUUGUUCAUGUACAAACUUAUGCGGACAAAUAACUCCAAUCACCAGAAAACAUAUUCCCGUACCGCUUUUGUCUUUCAAUUUUGGGUUUUUAAGGCUUAUAUUGAAAGUAAACUGACGGGUUCUUAAUGUAGUUUGUGCUGUAAUGUUGUGUUAAGAGUGAUUUGACUUUCAUCUUAGUGGAGAGUAACUCUGAUGUUUGUUGGAGUACAAACCUCUUAUGAAAGAUGAGAGCGAUUCACUUU